CACGAGAAGAAAACAGUUUAAGGCAUAGCUGCAAACUAAAAAAGCCUUUAAAAAGAUAUGUGGAUUAGCUAAUCAAUAUGAGUGUCGGCCUGAAGCAUAUUCGCGGACUUUCAAACAGAUCAGGUUCCGGUUCGUACGGCCCACUCAUCUUGAUGAUCAAAUGUACAAUUGGCGCCGAUCCCAGUAAAGCAUAGGUUACACUGCUACCAUCACAAACACUCGACAGCACGGUCUCGUGGACGCUCAUCCCAUGCCCACCUUUUCCAAUUUCUCCCAGUCGUAUUCAGGGUCAACGGCAAUUAUAUUACAAUGUUUCAAGCAUAGCAAUCCAGAUACCACGAAAACUGCGCGCUUUAUACAAUGUGCCGAACGUAAACUACAAAGAUGACACUUGAAAUUUUGAAAUGUAGCAAGAGCACCACUCCGAAAUCAGUCGGAACGACUCGCCGUUGCAUGCCAGGACCAAUAUUGUGUGUCGCAGAGGGCACUGUGUCCUGUCUGGCUCAGUAUAUCCCGCUUUACUCACAGUGCGAGCCCCAAAACCGAGAUAUGGAGCCACGGACCAAUAAUGUCAAUAUGGCGAUAUGUAUAGACCUUACAGCUGUGUCAUCCUCCUCAGCGGAUAGCUUGCAUAUAAAAUUCAGUCUUAUGACACUAUUCUACAGUACAAAUACAAUCACCACGGGAUAGUUGCGUGCGACAAUAUGGGUACAUAUAGUACCACGAUGACAUGGCACCGGCGUCAGUCAGAGAUGGUGCGCCCAUUUCAUAUCAAUUCUUUCUACUGACACUAUUCCACGCCGUAGAUCUAUCGCAUCGUGCCACAAUAUCAUAGCGCAAGCGUCAGAGAUGAUGCAUAUAUUUCAUAUUCCUUUUACUGACAGUAUUCCACGCCAUAUCAGGGAUCUAUCGUAUCGUACCAAAAAUUACCAUAGCGCCAGCGUCAGAGAUGGCGCAUUUAUUUCAUAUUCCUUUUACUGACACCAUUCCACGCCGUAUUUAAGGCAUCCAUCGUAUGGUACCUGAUGAUGAUAUGAAAGUGUAUGGGCCGGACAGACCAGAGCAAUAUGGUCGGUAUUACAGUAUGAUACGGCCAAAUGAAAAUGGUAUGUUGGCUCCGUCCUACGUCGCUGGUAGUAGUGACCCCACAAUGGCUUUCGAAGACUGUCUGCGUAUGCAAGGGAGUCUCUUCUCCUUCCCUAUCAGCAUCAGCAUAAGUACACAUCAAACCUCAAUAUUUUUCAUCUUGCGGAUCCUCAGCCGAUUCCAAACAGCCAGAAAACUCUCAUAUACAACAUAGCGCGAUCUUGUGACAUAUAGUCAGUGGAUUUGCGAAUCUGCUUUAGCGUGUUAUCGCCGGCGCUGGUGUUGAUUUG